AUGCCGCGAGAUCUAAGAGACCGGCCCCCCGCCCACCACCGCUCGAAACCAUACAAUGACCCCCGCAAACCAGGACAGAAGAAACCCAAAUCCAGACCUCAAGAGAAGGACACCUCCGUCUCGAUCAACGACCUGAAACGCCGCAUCCGCGAUGUGAAGAGACUCCUUAAUCGCCGGGACCUCCCUGCCGAUGCACGAGUGACCCAGGAGCGCGUGUUGAAGGGACACGAGCGCGAACUGGAGCAGGAGAUGGCUCGUCGGGCCCGCAGCGAGAUGAUACGCAAGUAUCACUUUGUACGAUUUUUAGAACGCAAAACCGCUACGAAACAUCUGAAUAGACUCCUCCGUCGUGAAAAAGAGGCGAGGAGCGAAGAGAUGAAGGAGACGCUGGCGAGGAGAAUACAUUCUGCGCGGGUGGAUUUGAAUUAUACGAUCUAUUUCCCUUUACAGGAGAAAUAUGUGUCGCUUUAUCCGAAGGGAUCUGAGACGAAAGACGAAGAAGAGGAGGGAGAGGAAGAGGAAGAGGUAGAGGAGGAGACUGAAAAGGAACAAAAACCGGCUAUGUGGGCUGUUGUGGAAAAGGCGAUGGAGGAGGGCACGCUCGAGUCGUUACGAGAUGGAGUCUCUGGAAGCACAUCGAUAGAAGAGAAGACGGAGAAGAAGAGGAAGGAGAAGAAGAAGAAGGAGGAGGAGGAGGAGAAGGCUGCAAGUGAAGAAGAAGAUGGAUUCUUUGAGUGA